AAAGUAGCGAGGGGAACUGCAGAAACUGGAAGAGUUGAAUGUGUUGCUUCUAGCCUGCCUGUGCCUGUGUCAAGGAAUAACAGCCAGCCUUUGCUACGCGCUGGCACUGCCAGGGACCCAGCAUUGUCUGCAACAGCUAGUGACAAAGACAAGCUCGCUCACGGGAAGCACAAAGCAAGCCUGGCCAAGUAGUGGGAUGCAGACUACCAGCCAAAUGAAUGCUUAGCAGAAUGUGAAGAUAUGCCCGCAGUCCUCAAAAGAUUAAUGAGUCAGAUCUGCAUUCAAGAGAGAGAUUGGGCCAGAUGCUGCUGUCUUGUACAAUCAAAACUCCCACUGAAGUCAAGGAAACACCAACAAAAAAAACAUGUAAGGAUCAUCUACCUACCCAUGAAAUGUGCUAAAUACAGUAAAAUGUGCUGAGUCACAAACAGGGAGACUUAAUCUGAAUUCUUUUCCUGGAGGAGCUGGCUGAUAGUAGAUAUGGCUUCCUAUGGGAAUGACAUAGAAAGAUGGAACCUCAAGCAAGCUGGCCAAAUUGCAGAACUGUUGGAGCCAGUGGCCUCACCUGAUUAUGGAAACAGGCUCUUGCCACUUAAGUCCAUCAGCAGCUUAGACCACCUCUUAGACUCUGCUUACAGUUCUUUCUCUGGUGGCUCAAACAUUCCAGAAUAUCAUUCUUCAUCAUAUUAUAAUGAAAACUAUUGUCUUCCCUUAGAGCAAUUGCCAUAUAUGGACUCGGAAUAUGUAAGAGGAAUUUAUAAUCCUAAUGCAAUAAACUCUGAUCCUAAACCCACACAUCGGCACAAGUCCCUGGAGCUGGGUAGUCAUCACAACUCCGACGAUAGUGGGCUCAAUGGACAAUACAGAAGCACUCCUACCAAUGGGACUUUAUAUCAGCCACCAUCACCUCUGGCUUUACCCCCUCGUCCACCAUCACCACCAGCACGACUUCAUAGCUAUAAAGCUACCAGAAAUUUUGAAAUUACAAGAGGGAAAUCUAAUUCUGGAAAUCAUUUUGACUAUAGUGUGCAACUAGCUACUUACGCUCAGGAUAUUAGCAAUGUCCUUCUCCCCUCUGAUUCAGGGACAAACUGGGUAUCCAGGUCAAAGAACGAGGGGCUAAUGACUGAGGAAAGCGAAGAGAGGGAUCCAUCACAAGAUGGCACAAAGCAAAACAAGCCUCAUAUUUUCAUCAGACCCUCGUCUAUUAUUUUUCAAGAAUAUUUAAAGUCUGAUUCUUUGGCUAAGACCCCAAAUAUUUUCUGUACUCAGAAUUCAGUCCAAGCUUAUAAAAUUCCUGAGGAGAUGAACUCUAAGUCCUCUCAUCCACUGCAUACCAACCUCAGUGCUGUUAAUGAUACACAAGAGAACAAACAGUAUCUUUUUGCCUGUGGUGUACGCAAACCACUCUUUAGAGAAGCAGAUUUGCAAAGCAGAGUCUCAGAAUCCAGCCAACAAGAGGGACAGCCCUGCAUUCAGCACCCAUGCUGGACUGAAGAGUAUUCAAGCUUAGAUCAGGAUGUAUUGAAGAGUAGGGCAGGCUUAAAAUACAUGGACAGUCCUCUUCCAAGUGAAGAUGUGUCUGAGAAACUGAACAGCUCUGAUGACAAGAAUCAGUGCUCUGGCUCCAAAGAAGAAGAAAACGGGAAUGAUAUUUGGGAACUACUUCUCAAUCAACAUAUCAAAAUGCAGAAAUCACCACUGUCCCACAGUUUGGAUGGUGUAGAAACAGAGCCUACUCACCAUGGGGAAUUGGAUUUUGGAAAUAAGCAAUUUUCUAUUAGUGCUGACCAAACAUCUGAUUACAGACCAAACAAUGACUCCCCAUCCCAAUUUCCAAAUGGACUCCAGAGUGAAACACAAUCUAACAAUAGCGGUCCUGACCUUAACAUGAACUCAGAGGAAGAGGACAUUCUAAAUCCUGUUCAUCAAAGAAAACGCCAACUUGAAUUUCAAAAAAAGCUUGAAAGACAGCCUCAGGAUGAUUCUGCCAGUGAAAAAAUAAACAGGCAGACAACUCCUCUUCUUUAUUACCUUUCUGGUGGGAAAAACACCAACAUUCCAAGUCACAAAAAUCACACCCAGCAACAUGAGGACUCGGGGAGUUUGCCUAAGACCUCUCCAAGGAGCAAUCACCCUGUUUCUGCACAACCUAUAGAGAUACAAAGAGAAAUUAACCAGCUUCAAAAGAACAAACACCACCUUCAGUGCACAGGGGAUGAUACCAUUAAUGAGACUGAUGUAAUUCUGGGGAGCUCUGCUUCAUCGGUGGAUGAGAGUUUCAAGAAUGAUUACAGGGAAAAACUUAAAGUUGCUCAAAGAAAGGUCCUGAGAGAAACAUCUUUCAAAAGAAAGGAUUUACAGAUGAGCUUGCCCAUAAGGCUGAAGCAGAAACCCUCCAAAAGACCUUCAAUUGAACAUCUCAGAUCUUUGUCCUUAUCCAGUGCAAAUGAGGAUGCCAAGUUGAUUCCUCUUCCCAACUCUCUGGAAAACAGCAGCAAAGAAGAAGAAACAAAGAGGCCACAAGCUGCUCGAAUAGGAGGAAGAAAAAGGAUAACAGAAGUACAAAAGAAAUUGUGCUAUUCUGAACCUGAGAAGCUCAAUAAACUGGACGAUCAGCAAGAUCAGGGUGAUCUUGAAAGAUCAGAAAGCACCAGGGUCAGGUCGGAUGAAAUUAAUGAACAAGAUGCAAUGGCAGCCAGAAGAAAGAUUCUGGAAAAUCGAGGGAGUGCGCUUGCCAGCUCCAAUCUCUCCAAGACCAAGUUAAAGCAAAUCCAGCAUACUGCACUUAUUGAAUACAUGGAACGAAAGAUUGCUCAAAGGCCUGCUAGUGCUCUGCUCAAACCGCCCCUGCAGAAGAGGCCUUCAAAUGCUAAGAGGCUUCCUGAGGGCAAGACUUCCAAACCAGAUAUUACCAGAAAGACCCAAAAUAAUGAGGUAAUCUGCCAAUUUCUCUCUCCCGAAAGAAUUCCAGAACCCUCCCCUGCUUUAACUGCCACAGGGAUCUGGACCAAUAGACACAGUGCUAGUUCUUCGGCUACUGAGACAGCACAUUCAAAACCCCAGUCUGCUGUCAGGGAAACAGAUGGAAACUGCACCAGCAAAUGUGCUUCUGCUGAAAAUCUCAUUCCAUCAGGGGCUUCCACAUUCAGCAAAGGUAGAGAACGAUCAAAAUCAUCAUCUUCUCCUGCACAGGACCUUCAUAGAUGUACAACUUUCCCGGCAUCAUCAAUUCAAGGUUGUGAAAACUAUCCCAGCAUCCCCAGCUUUCCAUUAAAGAAUGAAGUUGACUUGGUGGAGGAAAAAGAUUGUGUUAGAGAUGAAAAGCAGCGAGUCUGCACAGCCAGAGGAAGGGGAAAGUCUAUGGAAGAAAUUGGAAUUUCAGAAACUGUAAGACUUUCAUUGUUGAGCCAAAGCACAGAUCAGCUUCAUCACAUGAAAAGCCUGCACAUCUUGCCAGUACCUGGACUUGAACGUGGUAAAAAUAACUCAGCUGCAAACCAUCAAAGUGAUCUGCACAGCACCAAGUCUGUAUCAGGAAAUCUGCCCAGACAAACAAAUACUGAAGACGUUGCAGGGCUCAAGAGAUCAGAUACAACGGUCCAAACACUUGAAAGGCUUCAUAGCACAACAAAGCCCAAUGGCAUUUCCUUAAGUACUGAAAAUCUAUCCCCAUGGUGUGUAUCCUCCCUGGGCACAUUGCAAUCUCUACUAUUACAUUCAGACUCUCCACUGGCCCUGUCUUCUGUGGAAGAAGACAAUGUUUUCUUUAAUGACUCCGUCACCAAUGGCUUAGAAAUAACAUCAAAGCCUUCCUGUCUCUGUGGACAAAGUGAUACUUUGGUUUCAAGGACAGACAUGUCAGAAUCUCUCCUGACUGUAUGGUCUUUGCAAGUUGCCUUGGAGGGAAAGCAAAGUAAAGCAGAACAAAAAGCCAGACGCCAGAUUCCUGAGAAAGAGGAAUCCAGUCUUGGGGGUCGGCAUGAGGAGAAUAAAGACAGUAGUACAGUUGUGAAUUCAUGUUGUCCAGAUGUCAAGGAACUAACUUCUGAAAUCCCUAUCCUGUUCCUCAGAAGAGGAGGCAAUGAAGAGACUCAGGUGGAAAAAGAAUGCAGUGUAAAAUCUCUGGUUGGCAAGACUUCAAAGGGAACCUCACGGCAGCAAUUAGAGGCAAAUGAUAUUGCACUUUCCCAGAAAAAAAUAAAUUGCCACACAGCAUCAUCAGCUCAGUCCGAGCAAGGAGAUCAAAUCAGUAGUUCAGCCUUAAAUGAAAAAGCAGCGUACAACAUCCAGAAUUGUGUCCUGCCAGAAAAGGAGACAGACUUUCCUAAAAGGAGACUGAAAUCCCUUGAAGACCAGAGAUAUGAAGAACUUGCUAUGGAGAUCAUUGCCACAGACAAUUCUCUGGCUGAUGUCCUCAUCCCUCGUCCUACUAGAAAAACUGCCCUAGACCUCCUGGAGGGCCUUUUUCCUGUUAACAUUUCAAUGUCUGACAGAUCGCACAGGAAUAAGGGAACUAGGAUGAGAGAAGAGGUGCAGCCUGUCCUGGAAAAUGACAGGAAAAGUAUUGAUGGUCCAACAGAACCAUGUUCUGAAACUGAACACAGUGCAGGUCAGAGUACAGAAGAUCUCAAUUUUAACAUGAACCAAAUCCUAAUUAAGAACAGAGAUGGCUCAAAUGACCUUGAUGACAUCACUUCCAAGAAAAAGGAACUUAUUUCUAGCAUCCAAUCAAAACUGCAGACCCUCUGGGAAGAAAGGGAACUUGUCCUAUCCGAAACCAAGGAGUAUGCUCUGCGUGGCAAAGAGCUAGAGGCAAUGGUACAAGAUGUCUGCAAGCCCAAUGAGUAUGAGCGCUACCAGAUGUUCAUUGGCGAUCUGGAAAAGGUAGUGAGCCUGCUGCUUUGUUUGUCCAGCCGCCUCGCUCGAGUCCAAAAUGCCAUGAGGAAAAUCAAUGAGAAUACAGAUGCUGAGGAGAAGCAAUCAUUACAUGAACGGCACAACCUCCUGUCUAGACAGCGGGAAGAUGCAAAAGAUCUGAAAGAGAACCUGGAUCGCAGGGAAAGAGUGGUUUCUGGUAUUCUUUCCAAAUACCUGACUGACAAGCAACUCCAGGACUACAAACACUUUGUUCAGGUGAAGACCUCUUUACUGAUUGAACAGAAAGACCUUGAGGAGCAAAUUAAAUUUCUUGAGGAGCAGCUGGAGAGCCUAGAGAAGAGCAUCCUUCUCUGAGUCACAGCAACAGGCCAUCCACUUCCAGGAAUGGAGGAUUCGGGCAUUGUGUUGGAACUUCGUACAUAUUCACUGCAUUGCUGCUAAGACAUGAACAUGGAUCAGUUUGAUGAAUUCCUAUUAGUGUCAUAGUGUUAAGUGCUUAGAUGGUCUAGGGACAUGUUGGAAGGGUUUUUCCUCUUUGGAUGAGCUGAAUGACAAAAUCUUACAGUAUGUAGCAGAUUGCAUCUUGAAAAUGACUGAUGAGACGUGUCACCCUUAUUAAUUUGACAUUUUCCCUUCUCCCUGUCAUCUGCCAGUUUCCAGACUGACAUCAUCUCAAUAAAAGAAUCAUAAAAAUAUUUCCCCUUUGUGGGUGUGUUGAAUAUUCAAAAUUAGAAAUUAUGUGGGUGUUUGAAUUGUGAAUUUAAAGAGAGGAUAAACAACUCCAAAGCACAAUGCCAUGGGCCACUUAGUGAAACUCCUCUGACAAUUUAAUGAUAGCUGUCCCCGGUUAAUACCUUCAAGUGACAUGUAAUAAUGGAACAUAUUGCCACAGGAAUAAUACUGAACUCUUUUAAUCAGCAAUAAGCCCCCUGGCCUUUUGUGACUCUGCAGCUGUAGAAUGCAAUGGCUAUUUCAUCUGAAUCUGGGUGAGAUGUUCAACAGAAAACUCACAAGGACUGCAGGAAGAGCUCUGGGCAUGGGUUCCUCCAGGCUACAGAGAAGUAUUUAGUGGUGAAGUUGACAUAAAGGGAUGCUCUCAAAAAUGGUAAAUCCAAAAAAUGCACCUACCCUAGCUAUCUGCAAACUCCAUGCAGUGCUUCCUAGGUGACUAUUUUUCAAAUUAUUGCUGCACCGUUUGUUUGUUUUUCUUCACUUAGCGCCAAUCACCCAGCACUUAUUAUGGACCCUACCAUGAAAAACCACUGUGCUGUGAUACAAAAUGGUUGAAUUUCAAAGAGUUUUUGUAAACCAUGAGUACAAAAAAAAAAAAGAGACUUUAAAAGGUGGGGAAAGUUACUUGACAAUGUCCUUUUAAAAUAACAUGUAUUGAAGGUCUUUCAAGUGUAUUGAAAUUGUUUCAUUUAAUACUCCUUUACCAGUAGAUAGAUACACCUUUAUCACUAGGUGUAUCAGCUGUAGGUUCCCUGAACAUCAAAUGAGAAGUUCACGAAUCUAACUGGAGCUUCUUCCAGAUCUGGGCAAGAGGGGAAGGCAGGUCUUGAUGUUUUCACAAGUGACAGAAGUCACCAACAUUUGUUAUACUGAGAAAGGGAGACAAUUUUAUCCCCUGCAUCAGAAAGAAAGGCUCCUUGGUUGAUGCUCAUGGAACUUUCAGACAUGCACAGCCAGUGUUCAUAGAACCGUGUUGCAAAUAAAUCUCACUAUUAAUUAUCAUCCUUUAUUUCCCCUACCAAAUAUUGUGAGGGUUUUCCCUUCAGAACCUUGAGGUUUCCCUCUCCACUUAUACAUACUGCUCCCCACCAUUAAAUACUUCACUCAAUCACAGGUGGAGGUGGCUCUCUGGGACUGGCCAACCCUCAUACCUGCUAGCGGAGGUUACUAAAGUGUGAGCACAAGAUACCCCCUCUGCCACCAGACUGAGCAAGUUCCCACUCCUAGAGGUCAUGAUUUCUGAUCCUCUAUAUUACAUUGCCCCAAAAACCCUCCACCCAUCCCCCUUUCUAGAUUUGUUCCAGCUUUAUCUGCUUUUCUGGGAUCAGCUGCAGUGUGGUGGCAUUCUUCUAUGUUGGCACUUCAGUAAGGGCAUACUAAGAACAAAUUAUGUGAGAUAGCCCUGUACGCAAGAUGAUUCCCCUUGCCCCCCACCCACCUGCCUUUGUUAGCAAUAAUGGAAAGGUUAAUCUUUAUUUUGUAGAAUUGAUAUCAGUAAUAAAAUCUGUUCCUCUUGGCUCAUUUUGAACAAAAGUCCUCCAGACCCGGAGGUGAGAUGAGUAAUUAAAAAGACAUGUUCUCAUUAUUUUUCAGUUCUUGCCUUGUCACAUAACUUGCUGAAUGUGAGGGUUGUCUGGUUACUUAAUAUGCAGGUGUACAAUAAAUGGAACCAUGGUUGGAUACAGCCCAGAUACCAACGAAAUUGUGCUCAAAGAGGCAUUGGUCUUCUCAGAGGGAAUUGCUUCUAAAGCUUAGCACGUAUGCAGGUUUCACACCCUGUCAGCGAUGCUACGAACAGCCUUUGCUGCUAUAAUAAGCCUUGCCUUCAAUUCUUGAAAGUCUGUGACUACACAUACUGUAUGCUGCCUCUCUUUCAAAUGUAUUUCGUAUAAGGCACAGAACUGCUUGGCCUAGGAAGCAGACAGCAGUGAGCUGAAACCAAAUAACUUAAAGUUUACAACAGAAUAUUUUAUUUCACAGUCAAGAGAGCUCGAUGUCGCCAUCUUCCAGAAACACCCACAACCAGAGGAGAGAGCCAGGGGCAAGGAAAGCUCAGCGAGGACCCCUGAGGAGUUUUACUCAUACUUCCAAUAUGGGAGCUGGGGCGGGUUUUGAGCCUCCCCCACAGAACAGUCAGGUGGCUCAGCUCCAGAUGACCUACAUGGAUUGAUGGGAAUCCACUGCAGGCCAAGGCCAUCUAUACAAAAGCUUACUACUGCCCAUUUUACUGGAGCUCUUCCCCUGCAAUCUUCUAAAGGAGUCUUCCACAGCACAGAAGGGGUUUAGCAGAAAACUCUGACAGCUUCAGGCUUUAUGGACUUUGCAAUGGAUCUCUUGCAGAAUUGGGAAUGGAUCCCAUCCUAGCCUGACUCUUGUAAUCCACAAAGUCCUGUCCACAUGAGGGCCUCCUUUGCAUGAGGAGCCAAGUGCAAUAUUGCCAACCCCAAGCAUUCAAAAAUAAUGCAUCAGGCUCUCCCCAAUCCAUGAAACUGGCUUAAAAUCAUGUUCUAACAGGUAAUAAUUUUUUUUUAAUUUGCCAUACUUUAGUAUUAGGAUACACUCAAGCCACAUUUUCAGACUUUCAUCUGCAAUUUUUUCUCUGUAACCCCAGACCUUUUUUUAAAAAAUGAAAGCAGAUUCUCUCAUAUGCACAGGAUUCCAAGAGCUGGGACUUGAAGAAAACCACCAAGUACCAUGAGACUUGUGAUAAAAUUGUGAAAGCUGACGACACGGCAAGUAGUACAAUCUGGCCCCAAAAUACUAUUCCGGUUUUUUGUCCAAUCCAAAUUGUGUCUGCCUUCGUCAUGUGACUAAUUUUAGUGAACUCAGUACUGGUAUUAGCAGAAUUUGGAAAGUCAGUAGUUACUUUAGACUCUAUAUGAUUUUUGUAAAGAUCCAGUAUGUUAUGCAUUUCAACUAAAUAUUUUAGCACAAUUUAUCAAAACUGACUGUGGUAUUUUUAAAUGUUUCUUUUCUCCCCCUUCCCAAAAACUGGAUUAGUGUAAAUUAAAUGCAGAUGAUAUUUCUAUGCAUUUAAAAAUGUAUUAAGCCAUGUUAGUGCUUUGGAGUGUUGGUUAUGCUGAAAUAUAGAAUUAUGGACAGAGAAAUAACACAUUUCUUUCCAACUAUUUGCUUCAUUAUUGUUUCAUUACCUGUCAGUAGCAAAUACUCAUCAUGAUUCACAGAGAUCCUUUGUAUAUUAUUGUAUGUACAUCUUUAUACAAUGGAAGAAUAGGCAUCAAUGAGAAAAUGCCUUCCUAUCUGAGGCUGCUCUUCAUAUCUAGACAGACAAAAGGUCUUCAUACAAGAGUAUUUCAGUGCAAUAGAUAAUGUAACAGACAUAGUGGAAAAUACAUCAGAUGUAGAUUAUUUUCAAAAGCAUUUUGGUCCUGAUUCUCCUCUCACACAAUCGGGGUAACUCCACAUAAGUCAAUGGAGUUCCACCAGGAUGAAGCCAGUGUGUGAGGGAAAACUAGACCCUUCAUGCUUAAAUGACCUCUCCUGAACAGCAUUUCGAAAUGAGUGCCUGAUUUACCAACACCAUGAAGUUCAAGGUACCUUAAAAAUCUCCAUCUCCCCACUGUCAGAUGAAUCAAGCCACAAAUUUAGGUUCAGUAAAAAUAAACCUAAAUAGUAAUACAAAUAUUGUAAAUAUUUUAAAACUAAAUCAGUUUUGGGUUUGGAUUGAAACAUUUCUCCUGAACUGUUAGCAACUCAGGUAUUAUAGUCCUGGAAUCAGAAAAUGAGACUGAAAUUAACUCAUUAGUAUAGUUUAACUGUCUAGGAUGAAGGAAGUACACAAAAGAAACAGUAGAAAUAGCAAUAAGCAAAUUAGGCCCCAAUUCUGCACACAAUCAAGUACAUUAACUCAGUGGGACUACUCAAAGUUAAGCACAUACAUGAAUAUUUGCAGGAUCCGGGCCUUGGUCUCAAUCUAAGGUCUUAUUAAUAACCCAAAAAAAUGUUUUACUAUAUAAAGAUUUAACAUGACAGUGCUCCUUCAGAAGUGGACUUUAAAAAAAAAAAAAAAAAAAACCCCAAACCUACAAAUUAAAUGUUCAAGGAAUGGACAAUUCUAAAAGAUCAUUAUGGAUAUUCUUGUUAAAUCUAUUGAAUUGUUUGUAUGAAUGUAUAUCAGGAAGUUUGAUUUGAAGGUGCAAUGCUUUUUUUCCUUUCAACUGCUGCUUCUUAUACAGAGAUGUUUGUCAGGAUAACCACUGCAGUUCAAGUUUAACUUUAUUAGAAUGAAUAAAAGUUUUAAACCACU